AUGCUUCACUUCAUCCAGAAGUUUUCUCAAGCAUCUUCAAAGAUGCUGAAGUACACUUCCACAGUCAGACCAGGAGCCAGCAGGAGAAUAGAAACACUUUCUCACAAGACAUAUCUUCAGCAGAACUUUCCCCCUUUGUUUCCAAGGCUUUGGCUUUUCUCAUCCUUUCCAGCAUGUGUGAGCAAGACACAGUAUUAUCAUACUUCCCUAUGCAGUUUUAAGAAGAAGCAAGAGCAAGCAGUGCUUCCAGCCAGGCCACCACGAACCAUAAGUUUCCUGCCUGACAGCCCAAAGCCAGCAUUAUACAUAACUCUGGCAGGACUAAUCCCCUUCGUUGCUCCACCACUGGUCAUGGUGAUGACAAAGACUUAUAUUCCCAUGUUAGCUUUUACUCAGAUGGCUUAUGGAGCCAGUUUCCUUUCUUUCUUGGGAGGAAUCAGAUGGGGUUUUGCUCUGCCAGAAGGUAGUCCAGCCAAACCAGACUUCCUCAAUUUAGCUAAUAGUAUAGCUCCUGUUGUGUUUUCAUGGUUUGCUUUCUUUAUUUCUGAAAGACUCAGUGAAGCUAUAGUCACAGUCAUAAUAGGUUUGGGGAUAGCGUUACACACUGAACUUUUUCUCUUGCCCCAUUAUCCCAAUUGGUUCAAAGCCCUAAGGAUAGUAGUCACUUUAGUGGCCUUUUUUUCAUUUGUAAUCACUUUACUAGUGAAGGAUUUUUAUCCAGAGAAAGGACCCAAGAGACUUGGGCAAGUAAAAUAA